CAUAGGUUUGCACACAGCAUCCGAAAACAAUAUCAGUUAAUAUAUCUUUAAAUAGCUUGUAUAUCACGCCAAUCAAGUAAAUUAGCAUGUGAGAAAGGCAGUCAAGAAUACAUUAAAAAGAUUAACAUAGAAAAGAGGGAAAAUGGAGGAUAACCACAAAACUGUGUUCGUUGCCGGCUUAUUGUUAUCGUUUCUUGCUGUAGUUUCGGGACAAUCUUUUGCCGUUGAAAAAAUUGCUGUUGGUGCAAUAUUCGAUCAGAAUACUGAGGAAAUACAAAAUGUAUUCAAAUACGCAAUGACUGUUCAUAAUCAGAAUAUCAGCAGCCGUCGCUUGGAGCUUCAAGCGUAUGUCGAUGUUAUCAACACCGCUGACGCAUUCAAGCUAUCACGCCUGAUCUGCAACCAAUUUGCGCGAGGUGUGUUUGCGAUGCUGGGUGCAGUCACUCCGGAAUCGUUUGAUACCCUGCACUCCUACACCAACACAUUUCAAAUGCCGUUCGUUACACCGUGGUUUCCUGAAAAGGUAAUUCCGCCAUCGUCGGGAUUAAUUGACCACGCGGUUAGCAUGCGGCCGGAUUACCACAGGGCAAUCGUCGAUACAAUAGUACACUACGGAUGGAAAGAAAUCAUUUACAUCUAUGACUCCCAUGAUGGCUUACUGCGCUUACAACAACUGUAUCAGACAAUGCAGCCUGGCAGAACAGCAUUUAAAAUAUCCUUAGUAAAACGCAUAUACAAUGCAUCCGACGCAAUGGAUUUCCUUUUAGCAUUGGAACAAUACGACCGGUGGAGUAACAAGCGUAUAGUACUGGACUGCAACGCUAAAAAUGCAAAAAGUAUUCUUGUGGAACACGUACGAAAAGUACAGUUAGGCCGUCGGACUUACCAUUACAUGCUGAGCGGACUGGUUAUGGACGAUCAUUGGGAGGAUGAGGUAACGGAGUACGGGGCACUCAAUAUUACCGGAUUCCGUAUAGUCGAUCUUUCUAGAAAAAAUGUAAAGGAUUUUAUGGAAGGUUUAAAACGAAUGGAUCCCCGGUUUAAGGGUACCGUGUCGGCUCAAACUGCACUUAUGUAUGAUGGAGUGCAGGUGCUCAUGGAUGCCUUAGGACGCCUGUGGAAAAAAAAACCAGACGCAUUUAGAAGUGCCCUCCGCCGCGCUGCCGCUCAAGCGAAUUCAACCAAAGUCAUCGAUUGCAAUCCAGGAAAAAGCUGGGUAGUACCAUUUGAGCAUGGAGAUAAAAUAUCAAGACUUAUUAAGAAGACGGAUAUCGAGGGUCUAACCGGAAAUAUAUCGUUUAAUGAAGAAGGGCACCGUUGUAAUUUUACGCUGCAUGUGAUGGAAAUGACAGUGCGAAGUGCUAUGGUGAAGGUCGCAACAUGGACAGAUAAACAAGGUUUAACGCUUGUUCCUUCAAAAAAUAUUCAACUACCUACUGCUCCCGUUUUCUUCGACACAAAUAAAACGUACACAAUUACAACAAUUUUACAAGAUCCCUUUAUGAUGAUGAAGCCGGUGGAAUAUGGGCAACGAGAAGACCAAUUUCAUGGAUUUUGCAAGGACUUGGUUGAUCUAAUUGCCGCUAAACUCGGAAUCAAAUAUGAGAUACGUGUAGUUCGAGAUGGCAAGUUUGGUAAGGAAGUCUCACAUCGUAUUUGGUCCGGACUUGUGGGAGAAAUAUUAAGAAAGGACUCUGAAAUAGCUGUGGCGCCGCUAGCAAUUACCACGGAAAGAGAGAAAGUAAUCGAUUUCAGUGAGCCUUUCCUUACGAUUGAAACUCCGAUUAAACAAGCCAAAAAUGCUAAGCAUCUCUCUGGUACCUUUAGUUUUCUCCGGCCAUUAUCCAAGGAAAUUUGGCUAUGUGUUAUAUUCAGUUUUUUUGCCGUCAGUAUAGUACUAUUCUUAGUGUCGAGAUUCUCACCCUACGAGUGGCGAUCUGUGUCUAUAACCGAUACACAUUUAGAACACCCAAUUAGCAAUACCAAUGAGAUUAUCUUGCACAACAAAUUCAGCAUUUGGAAUUCAUUUUGGUUCUCCCUCGGAUCGUUUAUGCAGCAAGGCAGUGAUGUUGUACCAAAGUCUCUAUCGGGUCGUAUAGUUGGCAUCGUAUGGUGGUUCUUCGCACUAAUUCUCGUGUGUUCAUACACUGCAAACCUAGCUGCAUACUUGAUUGUUGAACGCAUCUCGCAACCUAUUAGAUACGAGUCUAUAAACGAAACCCCAAACACAAACCCUGAUCUAGUCAGUGACUUCGAUAUGAGUUUUUCUCACUAUCGAGAUAUCCGUGCAUGUAAAUACAAGCAAGUAAACUUUGGUAUUGCCAUGGCUAAGGGAUCUUCUCUAAGGGAGGGAAUAAAUUUAGCGAUCGUCAAUAUGAAGAAAGAUGGUGUUAUAUCUAAGUUAUGGAAGAAGUGGCUGUUGACUACAAACAAACCUGACUGCGACCUCGUGAAAGAUGAGGAAACUACUAUAACGGAGAUGACUUUAAGCCAAGUUGCAGGAGUUUUUUACGUACUUGUUUGUGGUCUUGCGGUGGCUCUUGGCGUAGCUUUACUGGAGUUUUGUCAACACGGUCGUGCUGAAGCUGCUAAGGCAAAUGUUCCGCUCCGGGCCGCUUUAAGAGCUAAAGCUAAAAUGGCCACCCAUGAACGCAAGACGCGUGAUCAGGAAAGGCUUGGAUGGAACGGGUCUGCGUUUUCUGGGUAUAACGACUUCUUACUAGGAAGAGAAACAAUGGGCAAUAGACAUCGGAAGAUGUAUUAGACAUUCCUACUUCGCUGCUGGGACUCAAAUCUCACAAGACGACACGGCCCACGCAAAUUUCACGCAUGUCUGAUCCGCAAAGAAGAGUGGCGUUAACUUACGUCGCUCUUCUUUAUCAAAACCUAAUAAUGUUGACCUCUAUCAACUGUAACUAUUGUCUUUUCUAACUUUCUGAUCCAUUUUAUGUUAUUUAUCUUAUAACAAUUUUAAUUUUCUGUAAUCCAAGCCUUUAUGUAUAUGAUUUUUAUGAUAAGGGGUCUCGCAUUAAGUGUUUUUUAUUUUUAAAUUCAAAUAUUAUUGUAAUAUAUAACUCCUUUAUUCUUUUCAAACACCCAAGAAGAAUAUUGCAUCACAAAAUUUGAUAAAACACAAUUUGCACGUGUUUUUGUAAAUUGUUUUCAACUAUGUCGAUAUGACAAAUUAAAUAAUUAUAUUAAAUUGCGGGAAUAGAUUCGACAAGAUGGUAUUUAUCAACUACUAAAGUUUUGAAGUCAAUCUUGAGAGACCCUUUAUUUUUAAGAAGUAACUACGUGAAAAGUACUUCUUGUUGUCUGUGCGACGAUUUUAGCUUAAGUCCAUAACGAAAAAACAACACAAUUGGGCUGCAAAAAUCUUUAAAUAUUAAUUUCUUCUUUAGAGUAAGGUUUUAUAAUAAUGAAACUACUCAGGCCAUUAUAUCUUAAAAACUAUUUCUGUAGUUUAUUGAAUGUCGUUAAUUUUUUUAGAUUAUUUAGACGAUAUGAAUUAGUAAUAUUAAUACUUAUAAUAUUAUUAAUCUUACGAUGUUCCAUUUUUUAUAUGACAGGUGUUGUGUUUUGUACCUUUUUUACUUAUGCACCUAUUAAUACAUUUAACAUGAAUACAUUUGUUAAAUUAUAUCAUAACUCAGCACAUGUAGGAAAUAUAGCAAUUGUUUAAAAAAAUUCCAGAUAAUCAAUUGUUAUGCUUAAAUAUAAUAAAGUUUUAGUAAUAAUACUAAAUAAUAUUGACAAUAUUUAUCUAACUCGGGACAGAGUUGUCAAUCUUAUCGAAACUUUUUUGUUGUGUUUAAAAUAACAUACAUAUUAUUUUAAUAUUGAACCAUGUAGUUUUAAAUUAGAUUUAAUACUAUUUUUUUCUAAAUACUUUAUGUGAAUUGUAUUUCACAAACUUCAUAAAAAUAAUUUGUGCACUUAAGUAUAAGAAUAAUAAAAGUAUGUAAAAGUAAUAUGUAGCUGUUCUCACACAUUUUGAUAUAAGAACUAUAUUUCGGUAAUUUUUAAAAUUUCGGCUAGCUUAUAAAAUUUUUUCCCUUUGAAAUAUUUUGAAAAUAUCUAAUCUAUCAAUAAGGAACCUAUCAUUAUAAAAUAAGUUUAGAAUAAUUAUUUAUUCUUACUAAUUAGACAUAUUAUUUUUCUCUUAAUAUAUAUUCACCUUGCUUGUGCUUUUAAGUGUAGUACAAAUAAAUAUAAAUUUCUUAUAAAAUUAUAUAAAUAAUAUAAAACAAUAAUUUGGUAUGUACCAAAGAUGACAACAGAAGUCACAUCACGUAUCAGUUUUAUAUGUGACUUAUUUUUUUUUAAUUUUGUAAUAUGUGAUAAUAAUUACUGUUCUUUAACUCUCAACGUUAUUAUACGGACAUUUUUUAUGUAAUUAAAAUAAAUAAAUUGUAGAUGUAUCUUAAAUAAUGUUAGUCAGGGAAGAUUUAUUUAUCAUAUAUUUAUAAUUAUAAUAAAUAUGUAAUUGCUUUAUAAUAUCCAUUUCUAUAAUAUGUGUUCAUUUGUCUCUUUAAAGCAUGACACUUAUUUAGAAAUGAAUUUGAAUUACAAUAUACAAAAUAAAUCAUUUUGUAUUUGAAACUCAAUGAUACAAGUUAUGGACAUAAACAACAGGGAAACAAAUAAACACGAGUCUGAAAAAAAAUAUGAUUGUCCCACAACGAAUUGCAAUCAUUUAGUAAAUAAAGAUAAACUCAGAGAAGUCAGGAAAAUAUCCGAAGUUUCUAUCAAUCACUAGUUAAGUUAUAUAGAGAGAAAAUUAAGAUUGCCGUUGGAAACUUCUGUCACCCUUUAUCGACAAAAUCCUAAAUCUUAAUGAUGCUAGGUAUUUAAAAAAGCACUGUUGACUAAUUUUUUUAAGUACAUCUACAAUCAUUUCUUUAAAGAUAAAACAAUGUCCUUAUUUCAGAUUUAAUACCAUAGGCUAGUGAAUAUUUCACCUUCAAUAUAAUAAUGAACUUACUAUUUAACUUAUUAGUCAACGUAAUAUUUAAAUUAAAUUAAAUCAAUACAAUAUUAGCACUGCCAUCAUGUAUGUUAUCAAUUAUAAUAUUUCAUUCUAAUAAAAUUUUGAUGUUUA